CUCUCCCUCUUCGCCCCCCUCCUCGCUCCUGCCAUGGGGAUGACUCUGGAUCAGUGAGAGUUAUUUCUCCCGGGAGCGCUCCAGGAGAGCCAAACCACCCCUGUUGCAGGCAAUGGCUUAGGGGAGCUGGAGGAGGAAGGCGGCCAGACGGGAAGGGUGAGAGAGGCCGGAGGAGGAGGAGGAGAAGGAAAAGAGGAGGAGGAAGAGAAGGAAAAGAGGAGGAGAGAGGCCGGUGGCUCCAGUUUCCAAAGGAUGAGUUUCCAGCAGGAAGACGGGGUGAACAGCCUGUGUCAGAAGGCUCUGCACAUCGUCACGGAGCUGUGUUUCGCCGGCCAGGUGGAGUGGGAGAAAUGUUCCGGGAUCUUUCCCCGGGACAGAGGCAACCAGGGCGGAGGCAACACAGACAUCUCAGUCAGUCUGCUAGCGGUGGUCGUCAGCUUUUGUGGGCUGGCCCUGCUGGUGGUCUCGCUGUUCGUCUUCUGGAAGCUGUGCUGGCCAUGCUGGAGAAGCAAGCCCCUGGCCUCCAUCGGCGGAGCCUUCCCACAGACCACCUCUGGCGCGCCCACGGAAGUCUUCGAGGCCGACGAGAAGAAGGAGGUGAAAGAGAACGGGAAGCCCCCUCCGAAAGCCGUCGAGGCCGCGAUGAAAAUUAGCCACACUUCCCCGGAUAUCCCGGCGGAAGUCCAGACGGCUUUGAAGGAACACCUGAUUAAACACGCCCGUGUGCAAAGACAGACCACUGAGCCAACGUCUUCAUCACGGCACAAUUCGUUCAGAAGGCAUCUGCCGAGACAGAUGCAAGUAUCCAGUGUUGAUUUCAGCAUGGGAACAGAACCAGUGUUACAGAGAGGCGAGACGACCACCAGCAUUGGGAGAAUAAAACCAGAGCUCUACAAACAAAAGUCAGUCGACUCUGAGGGAAACAGGAAAGAAGACAUCAAAACUUGCGGGAAACUGAACUUCACUCUCCAAUACGACUACGAAAAUGAACUCCUUGUGGUUAACAUUGUCAAAGCCUUAGAUCUCCCCGCUAAAGACUUCACAGGGACAUCAGAUCCCUACGUGAAGAUAUAUCUUCUUCCAGACAGGAAAAAGAAGUUUCAGACUCGUGUGCACAGAAAGACCCUAAACCCUCUCUUCGAAGAAACCUUUCAGUUUCCUGUACCCUACGAUCAAUUAAGCAACAGAAAACUGCAUUUCAGUGUAUAUGAUUUUGACAGAUUUUCUAGACAUGACAUGAUUGGGGAAGUUAUUCUUGAUAACUUUUUUGAAGUCUCCGAUCUCUCCAGGGAAGCCGCAGUGUGGAAAGAUAUCCACUGUGCCACCACAGAAAGCAUAGAUCUGGGUGAAAUCAUGUUCUCCCUUUGUUACUUACCUACUGCUGGGCGUAUGACAUUAACAGUCAUCAAGUGUAGAAACCUCAAGGCCAUGGACAUUACGGGCUCUUCAGAUCCCUAUGUCAAAGUGUCUCUGAUGUGUGAGGGUCGGAGGUUGAAAAAACGAAAAACAACCACAAAGAAAAACACUCUGAAUCCCAUCUAUAAUGAGGCUAUCAUUUUUGACAUUCCUCCUGAGAAUGUGGACCAGGUCAGCCUUUCCAUCGCUGUGAUGGAUUACGAUCGGGUGGGACACAAUGAAGUGAUAGGGGUAUGCAGGACAGGACUUGAUGCUGAAGGCCUUGGGCGAGACCACUGGAACGAAAUGCUAGCCUACCACCGAAAGCCGAUAACCCAUUGGCACCCUUUGGUAGAGUUACCUGGCCGGGCAACCAGUUUUGAUAGUCAAGGAUCCUGCUCGUCUCCCAAGCCACCUUCCACGCCCUAAGAUCCUUCAGACGGCCUCUCCCCUGUCACCCCACGAUCACGGCCUCAUCGCAUCCGUGGGAGGUGGGGGAGGGGGUCCGUCAUCCAAGGGCGGGCCGCGUCCGUAUUCAAAUGAGUGAUGUUUCUCCUAAUCGUUUCGUCUUAUACCAAUAUAAUACUUCUCAACUUCUGGAUCAUUUCACCUGAGCCAAAAUAUUCCUUCUGUCCACAGAAGCACUCAUUUGUCUGUUGGGCAUUGCCUAUUCUUCGACGGAGCAUUUUUGAUGUUGUAAAUUCUUUGUAAGGCAAUCAGAAGAAAACAUUAAAUCCACACUUGAAAAUGAACACAGCUUAUGCUGCUAUUACUAAGGUAGCACAAUUGUCAUAUAUGUAUAGUCUUUGUUUCGUACCCCGUUUGUACGGUAUCGAUUUUGCACUAAAUUCCAUAUGGCGGUCGAUGGAACCUUUUAGAGUUUGAUGUGAAAACCCAUACGAACGCAUCAUUUCAUCAGCGAUCAUCUCAGUGCAGCUGUUGCGGUGGCUUGCUAAACCGUUCAUUCAUCUUAAAGCCAGUUUCCUUCAUAAGGGUUGUUACCGUCACCAUCCUAACAGCCCCUCAAGUCUGUGCUGUGGUGGGAAUGAGGACGAUUCUGUGCCCUGCAAUCUGGGGAGCGUGAGCUGUCUUAAAUCCUUCAUGAAGGAGCAUCAGAUGGGUUUGGCAGGGUAGGGAAAAUGGAGGAACGUGACGGGGUCCCAUCCUACCACAUGAACAGGGGGAUCUGUCUCCAUGCCGGUUGAGACCAGAGCAGAGAAGGACAGGGUUGCUUGAGAUGCACCUGGAGGUGAGGAGGGUUGGUGAUUAUCAUUUCAGGCAAGCCAGUCAUUAGCACAACUGUCAUUUCAGCUUCCCUUGAGAAUAAAGAACUGCCUGGGGAGCGUGGCAUUGGAGACAACUGUUGCGUAGGGACUGAUUCUCCAACUGAGGCGGGCACGUUCCCACUCUGAGCGACAAGCAAAGGAGGGGAUAGAUGGAAGACUGCUUGGCCUCAUGCUCUUCCUGAGGAUACACAGUUGUAUCCUGAGGGAGUUCCAGGCACGAGAGUCAGGGUCAGGAAUAACCAUAUCAAUCACACCUCUUUUCCACCCCUUCAUCCCAACCUCACAUAUUUACAUCCUUUAAAAUUGGGAGAUUCGAACUGAACAAUAGUGGAUCGAUUUCAAAGCUGCUUUGAAAGGAAAUUAAGGCAUAAUGUUCAGUAGCUAAGAAACGGAGUUUUGCGCCAUUGUAGCUAUCUUUUUCGUAUUGUCCUCCGUAACAUGAGAUACAUAUUUGUUGCACUAUAUUGGACCUGAUAUUUAAGAAGUUUAAUGAUUUCACAAAUAGAUGUAGCAUUCUCAUUCCGCAACAAACAGAAUCAGAGUUUGGGUUUUUCUUUUUUGUACAACUGCAAGAUAAUCUAGUAGUGUGAUGUCAUGUGUGUUUUGAAAUGAUGUAUUGUGUAUUUUCUUGGUUAGAAAAUACUAUCAAACACCAAAGGAAUAAUGGUAUUACAAUGUGUGCCCUUUACCUUAAAGGUAGAUAAAUAAUGGUGAUGUUGACUUCCUCAUUAGGAACUAAAACUUACAAACGCAUUUCUUCUUAAAAAAAGACAGUGUUGCUCAUCCAUAUAUUAUAGAAACACAACGUGAACAAUGCCCCUGCAAUAUGCAGGAAAAAGAAACUGAUUAAUAGACAGGCUCAACCCUACAGUCCUUGCCCAUGAUCAAACCAGGAAUGAGAAAAGCUAUGCAAAUUUUUUGUAAAGAGACUGAAUUCUCCUUAGAAAUUAGGUCUACUUGUCACCAACUAAUCUCUGGACCGUAGAAACAAGUGUCUAGGUUUAGGGACUUUACAUUUCAAUUUUCAGGUGAGCAUUAUGGAUUUCCAAAUUGCAUAUUUCGUACUCCUCCAAAUACUGGCUUUCCAUCGAUAAAGGGGACUGAAAAAAAGCAAAACUAAGUGUGAAAGUAAAGCCGUGCUGAGAACGAGCAGUUGAACCCCCAGGUUGUAGAUGAGGAGUGAAUCCUGUCCACGAUUUAUGGCAAAGCCUGCAUUUUGAAAAAUGUUGAAUCUUUAACUAGAAAAAAAACAAACCUUGAAAUUGUACCGAAUGUAACCUUUUUAGGUUUUCUUAGGUUAUGCCUAUAGACCACAUCUCUAGUGGGUAGAAAGACUGAGGAAAAUGCAAAUAUUUUAAAAUACGAACAAGCACUUUCAACGGCAGGAAUAUUUUAUUAAGAAGUGAUUUUGAAAGUACGAAGUCCUAACUUUCCCUUUUGUAGAAACAAUUUCCACUAGGCGGGAGUUUCCCUGUUAAAAGUGAUAGGUUGGAUACUUUGUAGAGUGUCUGGAUAACCUAAUACCUCUUAAAGCAAAUGCUUAUUUGAGUCACAGUGAUUGAAGCCAAGCCUUCUGUUUUGGAAAUAUUUGUUAAUGAAGUCGGCAUUUUCAACUUUGAAAAGUCAUGUUUAUACUGUUGAGAAGUGCCAAAGUAGAAUGUUUGUUUACAGAAACAAAUGAUUUACUGACAAGGCUCUGCCCCUGGCAGAUACGGCCUAAAAGUAAAUCAGUGGUGAACUUCAAUAAUGUGUGUCUUAUCAUGGAAUCAUUAGAAACAUGUAUUUGUGGAGACUUUUUCUUCAAUUUAAAAGUUCCCAUGAGGAGAAGGGAAGGGAGAGAAGAUAGGAGAAGUGAAGAGAAUGGUUUGUGAGUUUCCUCUGGGGUAGAGGAAGCUCUAGAGAAUCUCAGCAGGAUAAAGCAUCUGCCAUAACAGUACUGAAUGAUAUUAAUUGAGCACCCAUUAAAUGCAAUACAGAUACUGAACAGUUAAAGCGUAUGACAGAUAUCCCGGGCACAGUCAAUAGCAUUUACUAGACAUACUGUGUGCCGAGCACUGUACUUAGUACUUUAGCGAGUACGAUAGAAUUAAUAGAUGAGGUUCCUGCCCCCAGAGAUCUUACACUCUAAUGGGAGAAACAGAGAAAAAUUGCAGAAUGCAGACACUAUCAGGGCUUAAAGUUUCUCCUGUCCUCAUGGUGAGGCCUGCGGUGAGGAUUCAAAAUGAAACGUGUCCAACUUUUGGUUACAAGUGCCUGGGAUCGAUCAGGAGAAAGAGGUUUUUGAACCAGAGGAACUGUUCAGAACUGCAGUGGCCUCUUGGCUACUGGAUGGAGGUUUGGUUCUGCCAUGUAUUCAGGAGUGAUGUUCAGGUUUGUUAGUUAUUGGAUUCUUUUCAUGAAAACGAUAUCAUCUGGGGUAUGUGGAGGGUUCAAAGCUAAGCAUUAGCCUUUUCAAAGGAAAAUACAAAUGAUUUUUGUUUUAUAGUGAUAAACUUUAGAUUUAGCCAGAAGAAGAGGGUAAUUAUCUCUCUAGUGGGCAGAACCAGUAUGGAAUCCUUGAAUGAUCAUAAAACCCGGGGAAAGUUUUUUUGGUUUCCUUUUUUUAAGUGACUAAGGCAAGAUACCCUGUUUCUGGAGACAAACUCAAAAGCAAGAGGGCAGAUGUUUAAGGUCACAGGACACUGGUGUCCUUUCUUUAGCAACUGAGUCAUUAAUAGUCAGAGAAGAUAGGGUGAUAAAGGAAUUGAGACCAAAAAGAGCCUUGACUUUGUUUUUAUCUUGUCAGAGAGUCAACAGCAGGGAAAAAAUAAAGAUUAAGAAAGGGUCAAUGUGUUGAGUCACAAAGUAGUCACACAUUGCCACGGUUACAUAAAUAGUUCAUACACUUAUACUGAGCAUAAAAAUGAUUCCUUUGGGCUUCCUAAGAAUCCCUAAAAGAUGACUUUCCAUGUUAUCUCAGCUACCAAGUUCUUAGUUUUUCGCAUUUCCUUUAAAGAUAAAUAAUUCAAUUGUCCCACAUGUUGGAGGGUGUCUAAGUGCAGUUAUAAAGGAAUGAUGGGCCAAAAGUGUUAUAAACUAGAAUAUUGAUAGCUUUUUAAAUUGUACACCUUUGAUCCAUGCAAUCCUGCAGAGUUAAAUUUACACCCUUCAAGACAGAGGAGUAUUGAAUGGUAUUAAUUAAUUCACACUAGUAUGACUCUUAUGAACAAGUGCCGCAGAAAUGCAAAGCUAGAUAAUCAACUAGGAGACUUGCUACUGCAGGGAGAUCACAAAUGAUCACUUCUGAACUCAGGUUUUUGAAGAAAGAGAACUUAUUUUUAAUCUACUUCAUUUUCACAUUUAGUUGCAAUUUCCAGCCCCCGAUUCGAACCCCUAAGGAUCUUAUUUUGAAAAAGGAAUUUCUGUGUAAUCAUUUUCUCCCUUUGCAUGUUUAUAGACCCGAAAGAUUUUCACUAGGGCUGGUGGUAUCUGACGAUAAAUAAAGCUAAUAAAGGUUCAGCAUUGUUUUCUUGAAGGUGAUUUCCCAGCAUGGCCCAGUCCUCACCCCUAAAAAUCGAGCCCUGAUUCUGUGGGGUCCGUAUGCCCAAGGGCCUUAUUUAAAUGUGGAAUAGUCUACACCUAAAGUCGGAAGAGAAAUCACAACAAUCACCUAAUGAAACCUUUUCCACAGAACCCACUUUUAUCUCCCUUUCUAUCCACCUCACCCGAUUGUGAGGACCACAUCAAAAAGUGUGCAGAUCUCCAACUUUUUCCUAAAGAGCUUCUUUUUUGUAAUUGCUAAAUGAAUAUUUAAAGUUGCACGGUCAAUCAUCCUAACCUUUGGACGAAACUAAGAAAUAUGCAAAGGCCCGUAGCAUUCGUCCCAGAUUCAACUUGUGACAGCUCUAACACUGUUAUAAGGGGACAUAAUCUCUGAGAUGACAAUUUAUUACGGAGCCAAGGAAGAGUGAUUCUAAUGCAAUGAAGGUUGAAUAAUAUUAAGCAAAAAUGCACAAAAUGAAAGAGCUUUUUAGCAGAGAUAUUUAAUCUUCGGAAAAUAAAGAUAUUGAAGUGCAAGUAAAAUAGGCUGAAUACAGUACUUUGAAAGUCUUCUCUGUAAUUAAAUUCUUGGAGGAAUAUGCAUCCCUUUUGUGUGACAAGAACUAUCAAAACCUAUGUGGAGCUUAAUAGUUCUCUAAACGGCAUAACACCGAAUGGGAUUCAUCUGAGAUCCCUAAAAAGAACGCUGGUAUUUGAAUGAAAAUAAUGAUUUUAUGUUUUACAUGGGUAAGUGGAGCUAAUUAAACUAGAUGAUAUCUCUGAAUUUUCAAUGUUUCCUACAUUUAUUCAAUCCUGUAUUAAUUAAAAUGAGUUGGUAAUAUAAUAGGUUGGUGGUAAUUACUUGUCAUCUGCCAUUAAUGAUUAACCAGCAUAACGUAUGUUUGACCAAUGACAGAUAAUUGUAACCUUUUUUGAAAAUAUUUUGAUUUUCCUUUUAAAUGCUGUCACUUUGUGGUGUUCUGUCCUCUAGGUAAAAUAACAAGGAACACUGCAAUACUGUAAACACAGCCAGACUAUUUAGAAAGACCAGGGCAAGGAAAAGCAAAUGAUUCCUGAAAUGUCCUCCGAUGAACCUACCCUCAGGAAGAACGAUUAAACUUGGCAGAGUAAUUAGUUACAAGAAUAUGUGAGAGAGACAGAGACAGAGAGAGGGAGAGAAAGAAAGCUUACAAAUUUUCUUUCACUUGAAGAUUUAUAAAAAUAGGAUAGUCACAGAUACUUUUCUCUGAGAUGGUUUAACUGGAGUUUCUUGCCCGACAUUCCAGAACCCGGUGGUCUUGAUCUUUUCCAGUCUUGCCGAUUGAAUCCUAUCAGUUCGGAAUCAAUAAUGAAGGUAUCUCUAGCUAUAAGCAAUUUUCUUCUUAGCUCUGAUGAAUUAAGUAGUAGCCAUAAAUUUCUGAUCAAGCAAAGGAAAUACGUUUGGUCUCCGCAGUAUGAUAUAGAAGUCAGAAUUUUUUAUGGGUUUCGAACCUGCUCACAUUUCAUUUCUGUGCUGGGCAUCAGCUCAACCACUUUAUCGCAGUUUCGAAAGAAUUGCAAUUUUGAAUACCCCUCUGUGUUACAUAGGUGAGUGAGAGACUUCAAGGUUAAACUCAUCAGGUCUUUAAGAAAUUAUGCUUAAGUCAGGCCUCUGGGCACUAAACCGGACUCCCUUUCAUUUGCUAUGAAAUCAAAAGCCCCCUCUAGGCAGGGAACGCGUCUGUUUAUUGUGAUUUUGUAUCUCCCAAGUGCUUAGUACAGUGAUCUGCACACAGUAAGCGCUCAGUAAAUACGACUGAAUGAAUAAAUGAAUGAAUGAAAAUCAAAAUCCUCUGCCAGAACUAAUUCCGAAGAAGAAGAAAAAAGGCCUUUAUUUUAUGUGCUUUAUUCAUUCUUCCAAAACUUCUGUUUCCUUGUGUCACAACUAAACAAAUGUGUUUUGGAUAAGGUACCAGUCAACCUCAAGACACAGGCUGUGCCUAGAGAGAUGGAAUCCCAGAAGUCCAUUGGGCACCAACACACAGGGUGUUUUCUACAUUGGCCCCCAAAACCUCUACUUAGAAAGAGUGAAUGAUAUAGCCGGAGACCAAUUUCCAGAAGGAUUGACUGGUUUAUAAAAGCAACUAAUCCUCCAGGGCUACUAUUUUACAGAAAGGGGCUAAUCCCACCCCCUACUUGCCCGUUCUUUUGAACUUGGAAAAGAGACACAGGCAUUCAAGUGAAUUUCAACCAAUCAAUCAAUUGGGACCAAAGGGGAGAGGCAUAUGACAUUGAGCCCUGCAAACUAAAUAGUCUGUGAGCAUAAUAAUGAGACUUCCUUUACAGAAUGACAACCCACUGGGGCCUAAAUCCGGAUGAACUGCACAUACCAUUAAGAUAAUCAUGAUAAUUAGACCUCAGUCUUUACUCAUUGUAUGGAGAUGGUGCGGAAUCACAAAAGUUCUUUCCAACAUACCAUUCUCCUAGCUAUGUGACAUCGACUAAUUUGGAUUCGAAGUAAAAUUUUGACCUUUUUGGUUCCCUUUAGUCAGUGUUCAUGAUGUGACUUUUUCGAUGCAGUUUGUGGUUUGAUACUUAACCAUUGUUCAAGUCAAUAUCUUAGGCUUCCGUAUUAUAGAAAAGAGGUGACAAAAAAAUCUUUUGGAAUUCGUGUUUCUGGCUUUUUGUAUGUGCUAACCAGCCAUUUGUGAGACUUGACAGCAUAUAAUUGUAUUACUUAGAGUAAAUGUUUUUGCACUCACCUUUAAGAGAUGUUACACAUUUCAGUAUUUUUACAAUGUCUCCUCUAGAACGUGUGAAAAUAUUUGUCAGGUUCAUAUGAAUUAUGUAACAAGAAACCUCAAAGAUAUGUUAUGAAGUGUACAGUUUGUGAUAACUUUUGUAAAACAGAAAAGGAAAGCACUUGAAAUAUAAUUUUAUUCUAUUUGUUUCAUAUGUAUUUUGAACAAGAA